UGAAAAUAGCCCAUUUACGUGUGUUGAACAAGACUGUUGCUUUUUGGGGUCGUGAGAGAAAAGAUCGAAAGAAAAUAAGCGGGUCUGUAGAUCUAAUUAAACCAUCAAAAGAUACCAACAUUCUACCAUACUCUCUCAACCUCUUUUUUCUUCUUUUGCUUAAUCUCUCAUUAAUUUUUGGGCGACAAGUGUUGGUGUGGUUUCUUCAAUCUUAUAAAUUCAUCAAAACCAAUGAUUGAUUGCAAUUAGCUUCAACUGCGAGUGUUAUUAGUAUUCAAUCCUUCACGAACAAUCGUUGGCGUACAUUUGUGGUAGAAAUAGGGAUCUGGGUAUACCAUAACAUCGUCUGAUUUUGCCGACAUUUUCGUUCUUUGUGGUUUAUUGUUGUAAAAUCGCAUCUGGGUAUGAGUGGUUCUUUGAUUUUCUGUGAUAGAUUGCUAUAAACAUUGAGUUUUUUUUUUUUUUUUUUUUUUUUACAAUCGUUUCGAUUUGCGUUUUGGGUUUUCAAUCGCCCUGUUUGUAGUGAUGGCGGGGAAUGGGUUGUUUUACCCGAUUCUUGGAUUCGCAUCUUGUUUGGCUUUCAUUUACUUGUCGUUUGGAGAUUUGAGGAUUGGGGAUACUAAAGUAAUCCCCAUAGUGGAUUUUGUAGAGAGGAACGGAACGCAGUUCAUAUUAAAUGGGAAGGCGUUUUAUAUUAAUGGAUGGAAUUCUUAUUGGUUUAUGGACCAUUCCGUUGAGGAAUAUAGAAAGCCUAGAAUCAGGGCCAUGCUGCAGGCGGCGAGGAAGAUGGGGCUUACAGUUUGCCGGACUUGGGCUUUCAAUGAUGGUGGUUAUAAUGCCCUUCAGGUUUCUCCCGGCAGGUUUAACGAGCGAGUCUUUAAGGCUUUGGAUCAUGUCAUUGCAGAAUCAAGGCAGCAUGGGAUAAGACUUCUACUUAGCUUAGUUAACAACUUGCAAGCAUACGGUGGGAAGACUCAGUAUGUGAAGUGGGCAUGGCAAGAUGGUGUUGGUUUAAGCUCUUCCAAUGAUUCCUUCUUCUAUGAUCCAUCGAUACGCAUUUAUUUUAAAAAUUAUAUCAAGACUGUCCUGACAAGAAAGAAUUCUAUCACUGGAAUUGAAUAUAGAAAUGAUCCCACCAUCUUUGGAUGGGAAUUGAUUAAUGAGCCACGUUGCAUGACCGAUGCUUCAGGCGAUACACUUCAAGAAUGGAUUGAAGAAAUGACAGCUUACAUUAAAUCGAUUGACAAGAAACAUCUACUGACUGUUGGGCUGGAAGGAUUUUAUGGUCCAAAUAGCCCAAAGAAGUCUACUGUGAACCCGGAAGAGUGGGCAUCAAGGCUUGGAUCAGAUUUCAUCCGCAAUUCUGAGAUCCCACACGUGGAUUUUGCCUCUGUUCAUAUCUACCCCGACCAUUGGUUUCACGAUCAAGAUUUUGAAGAUGAACUGAAAUUCGUCUCCAAGUGGAUGCUCUCCCAUAUUGAAGAUGGUGACAAAGAGUUGAAGAAGCCAGUCAUGUUUACCGAAUUUGGACUGUCAGAUCUGAACAAGGGCUUCACCCAUGCUCAACGGGAUAGUUUUUACAAGACUGUUUACGACGUCAUUUACAAAUCUGCCAAGAGGAAGAGAUCAGGAGCUGGCUCUUUAGCAUGGCAAUUCCUUGUGGAAGGAAUGGAAGAGAGUAACGAUGAUUUCGGGAUCGUCCCAUGGGAAAGAUCAUCGAUAUAUCAGCUUAUUAUAGAGCAAUCAUGCAGGUUGGCAAAAAUUGGUGGAGAUACCCAACAGCUAAAAGCAUUGAAGUAUGUGUGUGCUCAGAGAUGGUGACCUGACUAUCUUAUUUGAGAAUUCAAUUUGUUCACUUGCUGCUAUUUUGCCUCUCUGCCCUUUGUUUCUUCUGUUGAUACAUAUUCAGAAUAGAUUAGUUAGUUUAACAUAUAGUAUUGAGUUUCACAUGAACUGCUACAAGCUGUAAUGUUUUUUGAGCAAAUAUAUAAGUCAUAAAUCUAUUUUAUUUUA